AUGAAAGUCAGCCGUCCAAUCCUUCUUCUGUUUCUUUCACUGGUCUCGUAUGCAGCAGAUGUUGAGCGCAAAGACUUCUUGCCAUUGAGUCUCGAGUCUGAUGCUUUCUUUGAGCAAUUCAACGAAACGUGGGCUUCUAGAUGGAGACCUUCUCACAGUAAGCGCGAUGAAAAUUUUGUGUAUCGUGGCGAGUGGGAUGUUGAGGAGCCAACAGUGAAUCCUGGACUGAAGGGCGACAAGGGUCUUGUUGCAAAGACAGAGGCCGCCCAUCAUGCUAUCAGUGCAAGAUUGCCUACUCCUUUCGACAACACCAACAACACCUUGGUGUUGCAGUAUGAGGUCAAGUUGCAAAAAGGUCUUGAAUGCGGUGGCGCAUACAUUAAACUACUGAGCCAAGAAGGCGGAAUCAGCGACUCGGUCGAGUUCAGCAACGACACUCCGUACCAGGUUAUGUUUGGUCCUGACAAAUGUGGAAUGUCUAACAAGGUCCACUUUAUUAUUCGCAGAAAGAAUCCUAAUACGGGCGAAUACGAGGAGAAACAUCUGAAAGUGCCUCCAAUGGCAAGAAUUGUGAAAACAUCCACCCUCUACACGUUGAUAAUCAAGCCUAACCAAGACUUUGAAAUCAGAAUUAAUGGGGAAGUUGCUAAAGCGGGCUCACUGUUGGAUUCCAGAUACUUUGAUCUAACUCCUCCUAAAGAAAUCGAUGAUCCUAACGAUGAGAAGCCAGCUGACUGGGUUGACGACGAGCUGAUCCCAGACCCUAACGCUGUCAAGCCGGACGACUGGGACGAAGACGCUCCUUAUUUGAUUCCAGAUCCAAAUGCCAUCAAGCCAGAAGACUGGGACGAGGAUGCCGAGGCAUACAUUUCUGACCCAGAUGCAGUCAAGCCUGAGUACUGGGACGAGGAGGAGGACGGCGAAUGGGUUGCUCCAAAGAUCCCUAAUCCAGCUUGUGAACAACACGGCUGUGGACCAUGGUCUGCUCCAAAAAUCAGAAAUCCGGAGUACAAGGGCAAAUGGACCCCAGAGUUAAUUGAAAACCCUGAUUAUAAGGGACCAUGGUCACCAAGAAAGAUUCCUAACCCAGAUUACUACGAAGACUCAACCCCUUCGAAUCUCGAGCCUAUUGGCGCAAUGGGAUUUGAAUUGUGGACUAUGACCGACUCCAUUAUGUUUGACAACAUCUACCUGGGCCACUCUAUCGAGGAAGCAGAGUACAUUGGUAACAACACAUUCCUUCCAAAGGUUGACAUUGAAGAACAGAUAGCUGCAGCCAACGCUCCUCAGGCUAAAUAUGAUGCUGAAGAGCCUGAAGUUCAAGCAGAAGAACAGUCUUUGGUCUCGGACUUGUUGGACAAAUCCGUUGACAGGAUUCUGAGCGUUUAUGCUUCUGGAAAAGCAUACUGGGCCGACUUCCUGGAUGACCCAACAAAAACUCUGCUGAACCGCCCUGGAGAAGCAUUUUUCUUUGCUUCCGUGCUUGUUGGUACUAUAACCACCACUUUUGCUAUUUCUGCUACCAUUGUCAGUAUAUUUGCUACUUUAUUCGCUCCUUCUGCUCCUCAGCCAGUCAAAAGAAGCGAGGCUGAAGAGAAAAUCGAGCCUAUCAACGAGAAGGCCACCGCUUCCGAAUCAAAGAUCAAUGAGACAGAAGCUGUCAAGAGAGGAUAA